GCUGAUCAAUCUUGCUCAAGUAACUUGAUAUAUAAACUUGCAAAACAAUUGGAUUUACUGACUCAGAUACUGUGAAUUGUUGUGAAAUGUUGAUUAUCUACAUUAUAAUUCCACUGAUUUUAAUACGUUCAUGUCAGUCAGGAUCAUCAUCAUCAUCACAACAAUCUAACUGCACUGAGGAACAACGAUCACCUUUUGCACGGUUUGUUGCUGCAGUGGGAACACUUAUUAGCUUAAUAUGUUUUCUAGAUGGAAUAUGGAACACUAUAGCUGGGUUCCUUCAGCAGGCGACACAAAUGACCGGAUAAGGAUUCAAGAUGAACUAUGAAAUUCUGUACCGAUUUCUUUAUUAUUCAAAUCCAUUUCUCUAGUGAUGU